UACAAUUCAUACGACCUGGAGUACAGUGAGGUCUAUGACUACAGUGAAGGAGGAGUGGCCACUGAAACUGCCCCAACCGAAGGAGCCAAACCUGCACCUGAGGCAGUUGCUGUGGAUGGAGAAUACACAGCCUACAACUACGGCGCGGUGGACAGCGCUCAAACGGCUGAGAACCCUACAGACUCAACCGCUCCAAUCCUGAACUAUGACGAGGAAAUAGUUGAUGAUUACAUCACAGGCGUGGAGAAGGUUGGUGCCGACCCUACGGCUGCCGCAGAAACCGGCUCAGACACCAAAGGUCCCGACCCCGGCGAGAACUCGUACGAUUUUAAGGAGUAUGAUCUGAAGGAAUACGGUGACACGAAGGAGAUCGAUAUGAAACAGACGUACGAGUAUGGGGAUUAUGGAGACUAUGGCACUGGCGAGGCCAAACCCACCGCCUCUGUCUCGGCCUAUGAGGAUGAUUUUGGGCCGGGCAUACCCGCUGAGACCGAGACAGAGUCUAGUAUGGGAAGAGGAGGAUAUGGUGGUGAGAAGGGAGAGAAAGGAGAACCCGCCAUCGUUGAACCUGGGAUGCUGAUUGAAGGACCCCAAGGAGCCCCCGGCCAAGCUGGCCUCCCCGGCUCCCCAGGCUCACAGGGUUCCCCUGGCCCACACGGAGAUCAUGGUGACAGGGGUCCUCCAGGACGGGCUGGUAUUCCUGGUUCGGAUGGAGUUCCUGGCCCUCCAGGUACCAUCCUGAUGCUGCCAUUCCGUGCUGGUGGAGAGGCACAUAAGGGACCAGUGGUCUCAGCUCAGGAGGCCCAAGCCCAGGCGAUCCUUUCCCAAGCCAGGCUCACCAUGAGGGGUACCCCUGGGCCAAUGGGAAUGUCAGGAAGAUCUGGGCCCGCGGGUGGACCAGGAGCUCAGGGACUGAAGGGAGAUGGAGGAGACAACGGACCUCAGGGUCCCAGAGGUCUGCAGGGUCCAACUGGCCCACCUGGGAAGGCAGGAAAGAGGGGACGUAAUGGAGCUGAUGGUUCCAGGGGUAUGCCAGGAGAGUCGGGGGGUAAGGGGGACCGAGGAUUCGACGGGUUACCAGGUCUCCCGGGAGAGAAGGGACACAGGGGCGAGCUGGGUUCCAUCGGCUCUCCAGGUGCUCCAGGAGAGGAUGGGCAGAGAGGCGAGGACGGUGAGAUCGGACAACGUGGUCUGGCAGGAGAGAGCGGACCUAGAGGUCUGCUUGGCCCUAGGGGAUCACCAGGGACUGGUGGACAACGUGGUCUUGCUGGACUGAUGGCCAAGUUGGUCCUAAAGGAAACCAG